GGUCCUCCCCAUCCGUGGAUGUGGCUUCCUGCUUCAAAAGUUUGGGAAGUUAAUUUUUUUUCUUCUUUUUUUUUUACCAGUCCAGAAAGCGCCGUUUCCCGUCCAUAACUCUAAUAGUCCUCAAACUAUUUGACCAAAAAAAAACAAGAAAGAAAGAAAAUCAACAAAACAUGACGUCUAAUUCCAACGUGGCCAACAUGCGUCGACUUGUUGAACAACUGAAACUCGAAGCCAGUUUGGAACGGAUUAAGGUGUCUCAGGCAGCGGCAGAGCUCCAGCAGUACUGCCAUCAGAAUGCGGCUAAAGAUGCUCUGCUGGUCGGGGUUCCGGCAGGCUCCAACCCUUUCAGAGAACCACGAUCCUGUAACCUGUUCUAAGGCUAGUUACCAGAUCAAUGGAAAAUUCUGCAACCCUUUCAAUUCACCACAAGAUGGACACCUUUAGUAUCAUAAAACACUUGCUACCCCUUAAAGGCGCUAGGUUGCUACUGUAUGUAUGUAGCUGUUCCGUCAUAUAGUUGUAUAUUAAUAUGUCCAUCCUGGUGAAGAACAGACAUUACUGUAAAACAGACAUUACUGUAAAACUGUAAAACAGACAUUCCUGUAAAACAGACAUUACUGUAAAACAGACAUUACUGUAAAACAGACAUUACUGUAAAACAGACAUUACUGUAAAACUGUAAAACAGACAUUACUGUAAAACAGACAUAACUGUAAAAGACAUUACUGUAAAACAGACAUAACUGUAAAAGACAUUACUGUAAAACAGACAUAACUGUAAAAGACAUUACUGUAAAACAGACAUAACUGUAAAACAGACAUUACUGUAAAACAGACAUAACUGUAAAAGACAUUACUGUAAAACAGACAUAACUGUAAAAGACAUUACUGUAAAACAGACAUUACUGUAAAACAGACAUAACUGUAAAAGACAUUACUGUAAAACAGACAUUACUGGAUGAGAUUAAACCCGAUGAAGACAGGACAUUAUUUUACAGGAGGACAAAGUCUUGAGUGUUGCUAGAUGUACAACAGUCAGUGAUUUCUAGAGGUUGUUUUAAGUGCGACAGAAAGCCAAAUGUUUAGUAAACAGUCCAACGUGGCUGCACAGAUUAAUUUUGGUUGCUUGUUUGUUUGUCUGUUUGGUAUCUUUCAAAUAUUGUGCUCUGUUGAAUUUUUAAAUAUGUCUAAAACUCAAUAAUAACAUGCUUUUGUUUCACAUGUGGCCUGUCUGUGUGUAAAUUAAUAAAAUCAUGUUUAACCAAAA